AUGAAAAUAUUAUUUGGUAUUAGUGGUAGUAUUGCUGCUAUUAAGGUUAAUGAAAUAAUUGAAAAAUUACAAGAACAUUGUAAAACAAAUAAUAUAUCUAUUGAGAUAAAAUACGUUGCAACUAAUAUUGCUUAUGAGAAAUUUCUGAAACCUUUUAAAGAAAAAGUGUUCUUAGAUGAAGAUGAAUGGUUGUGGCAAAAAAAGGGAGAUGCUAUUUUACAUGUAGAAUUAAGAAAAUGGGCAGACAUUUUUAUAAUAUGCCCUUUGGAUGCUAAUACUUUAGCUAAUAUAUCCAAUGGAAUUUGUUCUAAUCUUUUAACUUGUAUUUGUCGAUGUUGGGACUUUAAAAAAACUUUUUUAGUUUUUCCUUGUAUGAAUACAUAUAUGUAUAACCAUCCAAUAACAAAGGAACACAUUGACAUAGUUUCAUCAUGGGGAAUAAAAGUAAUUAAUCCAAUAGAGAAAUUAUUAGCUUGUGGAGAUUAUGGUAUAGGAGCUUUGCCUAAUAUAGAAGAUGUUAUAAAUGAAAUAAUAAAAUAUUUACAUUAA